GGAGACGCAUUGGUCUAAGGCUACCAAUUGGAACAAGCGUGAAGGAGCGCAACGGCGGGAGGCUAGCUGGACGCCAUGGCCCGGAGUUGGUGGAUUGCAAUUCUGGUCGCUCUGGUGAUGACGACGAAGUCGGCCGUGGCCUUGGGCAUGUACGACACAGUGACAUUGACAAAGCCAAGAGAAAGAGGAGGAGGUGGGGGAGGUGGGGGAGGAGGACAGAGAACACUGGUGAGAAGGGGAAGGGAAGGAGACCGACAAGUGCAAGAAGAGGACGACGAUGAUCAAGCCGCAAGCCUGGGACGGUCAACUGUUGACUUCGGCGAGCGAGUGGACUGGGUGGCCACGGGCAGCAACGACCGACGAUUGGAUAACCACGGGCAGUCACGUGGGAGGAUCGUCGUUGACUCGAGUAGUAGAGCUAAAGCUGCAAACUAUCUGAGGAAAGUCGGGGUGAUUGCACCCGUCGAAGGAGUCAACGAUCAAGGGUUGUGGGGGAAUGAUGACCAGUUAAGGGAGGAGAAGGAGAGGGAGGAGGAGGAGGAGGAGGAGGAGGAGGAGGUGAGAAUACAGAAUUUCGAAGUGUAUGAUAGCGAAGAGUCCGAGGACGGGGGAAAAGAGUCAGAAACGCUGCUGCUGUUGGGGAGGAAUCGAGGAGGGGAGGAUGUGACUUGUCCUGAGCCUUAUGGGUUCCUCCCUUGUUCCAAGAACGUGGGCGGCAAUCUGUUCCUGAUGGGGGCGUAUGGAGCCAUUGUACUGUAUGCAGCUAGAUUCAUCUCGAAAGGGAGUGAUCUCCUGCUUCGGGUCUUGAGCCCCGGUUUGAUUGGUGGGCUGAUCUUGCCCGUACUGGGAGCGUUUCCAGAUUCCCUCCUUAUCUUGGCAUCCGGUGUUGGUGGGGAUAGAGAGACGGCUCAGAAGCAGGUCUCGGUGGGAGUGGGGGUGUUGGCGGGAAGCAUUGUGGUGUUGAUGACCAUCGGCUGGGCGGGUUUCGUGAUAGCUGGCCGGUGUGAUCUGACAGGUCCACGCGGAGAGGCCCAGGAGAAGAAGCUUGCGGUCCCGUGGUCUCUUACUCGGACCGGAGUCACUGUCGAUGACGAUACGCGUGUGGGUGCGGGCAUCAUGAUCCUCACUUGCCUGCCUUAUGUGGUGUUGCAGCUGCCGUUGAUGGCUGGGAAGAGGGAGGAGAAGGAGCGAGCAGCCGAUGCUAUGGCUCUGGUCCUUGCAUGGGUCGGCUUUGGAGCCUACUGUGUGUACCAGGUGACUAAUCCAUGGCUGCAGAAGAAGAGGAUCAGGCAAGCUAGGAUUAAUUGGCUGCGAGACGAGUUCCUUAGGGGAAUAGCUGAGCACAGCAUCACUUACGGAGGGUUGGUCAAGCCCAAUGGUCGGCCUAACCGCUAUGCCAUCGAGAGGCUGUUCGACGCCGCUGACUCGGAUAAGGAUGGCCAGCUGAACAUGGCAGAGAUGAAGGCCUUGCUGCUCGGUCUUGCUCCCGACCUCAUGAAGACCGAUGCCAGCGAAAGGGUCUCUGCACUCUUCGCCUCCAUGGAUCGGGAUAUGGACAGACUUACCAAGAAAGACGAGUUCGUGUCGGCCAUCGUCAGCUUCAUCGAUACAAAGCGGACGUUCGAUCGCGUGGACGCUGUCAAUCUGGGCCGGACAAGCUACUGGCGGACGCAGUCGGAGAGAGCGCGAGAACGGUACGCUGAGCUACGCCAGGAGGAAGGAGCAGGAGGAGGAGGAGAUGCGGACGAAGAAGAUGAUAUGAUGAUGGAGGUGACGGAUGGUGACACGGAAGACGAAGAAGGAGGAGAAGGAGAUGGUGGUCAUGAGGAAGAAAGGAGAGAGAAUGAGGACGGAGGAGGAGGAGGAGAAGACUUUAGAGCCGACGGCACGGAUGCUAGCACGGAGAGGGAGAGGAGGAUGUCCAAGAAGCGAGACAACAAGAAGAAGACGAGAAUGACUCCAGCACAAGUGUACUCGUGGGCUAGUUGGUAUAUGUUGCUAGGAACCACUCUUGUCGCCAUAUUUGCUGGUCCUCUGGUGAGCUCCAUAAGCGCCUUCUCUCGGGCCUCGGGUAUUCCACGCUUCUUCGUGGCAUUUGUUGUGGCACCCAUAGCCUCGAGCUCAAGCGAGCUUGUGUCGUCCUUCAACUUCGCUACCAGGAAGAGGAAAAGGUCUAUCUCUCUUGCACUCGGUCAGGCCUACGGAUCCGUAGCCAUGAACAAUACUCUGUGCUUGGCCAUCUUCCUUACGCUCAUCUAUGUGCGCCACCUGUCCUGGGAGUUCUCCAGUGAAUCGCUCGUCAUCCUCAUCACAGUGGUUGUCGUCGGACUCAUCGGCUAUUCACGGAAGACUGUCUCGUCGCUGACCGCUGUCAUGGUUCUGAUGCUCUAUCCCCUGUCCAUUGCGGUAGUCUAUUAUUGCGACAAGCGGUUGGGGUGGAGGUAGAGGGAGAGGGAGUGCGGAAGAAUAGUUUCGGGUUCAGUAUGUGAAAGGACGGGGGAAGAAGGGAAGGGAGGGAAGGGAGGGAAGGGAGGAGGACAACUCAUGUCUGGAGAGAGUCGUCUUUCGUCUACUUUGCAGAGAUAGGUAUCGGGGCUUGAAUGAAUCGAUGGCUCUCGGCGGUGUCGAGCGCUUGGACGCUUUUGUUUCUCCCGUGGACAUCACCUAAGCAUUGCCGGCAUGGAGGAGAACCAUAUCAUUCAAGGGGUGUCGGCAGGUGUCCCUUGGAUACUCGUCUGCAAGGAAAACUUCAGACCGUUUUGUUGCAUGAAGCCGCUCGCUCACUUAUACCGGCAGGAAGGCUAACCGGCAGGAAGGCUAGCGUCUGUAUGCGCGUGUAUGCACGUGUAUGUGUGUGUGUGUGUGUGUGUGUGUGUGUGUGUGUGUGUGUGUGUUGUCAUAUUCGCUAUACACAACGCCACAGAAAAGAGCAUGACUGUGCCAGACUGUUUUGUCGGACUGUCAUCGGCUCUUAAGCGGGUUAAUAUCAGGAGGUUGGAUGUGUGUCCGUGUUUGUGUGUGUGUGUGUGUGUGUGUGGACGGGGGGAGAGGUGGGGGGGGAGAAAGGCACAGGGACGGAAGCACAACGUGGUCUUUGAAGUGUAGGAGAGAGAGAGAGAGAGAGGGAGAGAGAGAGAGAGAAGAGAGCAAACUUUUAUGUGGAGGAUAUGUUGUAAUCAGGUGGUGUGCUUUUGUUACCUUCGCCGUUCUCCUUUUUUGUCGUGAGAAAUGCAUGUACCCAGUCUCCGGGCGCACUCACUCUCGCUAUCUUAAAUGUGCCUGACCGCAUUUACGGCCGGGCGUGGAUGUAUCUGACCUUAAUUACGUCCGGCAAUAAUUGGAAAGCGCUAGUUGUGAGUAGCCCUCAGUAAACAUUCCCACGCUGA